AGGUAUAUAUAAGAGAUGAAAACUUGUCGAACUUCAUCAAAAAGUCAAACAAAGCCGUUGAGUUUAUCAACGUGUCAACGAUCAGUAGUCACCAGACGUUCGUGCAAUUCGUUUCGUUGUAGCAGUACGUUCGUCGUUCGUAAACACUUAACAGGUUUCCAGAACACCAAAAUGGCAUCGUUAAGUUUAUCAAUGUUAUUGUUGAUAAUAUUAUCGACAAUAGCUUUUGGACAGCAAUUGAAACCUGGUGCAUGUCCACCACCAAUAUCAUUUAACAUUCGCACAAAUCUUUGUAAUAAUGAUAUGGACUGCAGUGGAUCUGAAAAAUGUUGUCUUACGAAUUAUGAAGGUACAAUUUGUGUGAAGCCCAUCACAGAAACCGUUAAUGUUGUAAAACAAGGUUCUUGUCCGAUUACACCAACUGGACGAUGGAUAUGUACAUCAACUUGUCGAUCGGAUGGCGAUUGCAGAGGCAUCAAAAAAUGUUGCCAAAAUCGAUGUGGCGCUUUGGCUUGUCAAAAUCCUGAACUUGAUUAUGACCCAAUUGAAUACGAUUAUUCACAACCAUCUGUUAUAUUUCGCAGGAAUAGAUGGUAACAACUAAAUAUUGAAUGACCGUGUAAAAUUUCGAUGAACUUACUUUAAUGUUAUAUGUUCUAUCGUACGUGCCAUAAGCGACUUUAGUAUAUUCGUAAUAUGCGAUAACAUGAUUUACUUAUCAAGACAUUAAAUUUUGCAACGUAUUAAAUGAAACGCUUGAAAUAUAACUCAUCAAAUGUUUGAUAUAUUUCUUUAAUGACGCUUAAUUCGUUAUAAUAUUUCGCAUUUCUUUCUAAUAGUAUU